AAUUUUAUCAGCAAUAUUUCUCUCUCUGUCUAUAGGGAAGACAGCUACGCUUAGAGGAGAUGAAGAAACCCAAAAAUGCUAUGAAAAUAGCCAGGAAAUUAAGGCAAUACCAUGAGAUGUGCUUACCUUUGUGUAAGGAGCCAAGAUGGAUGUGGGAAUUUAUGACAAAGUUGUUAGAAGACAUUGACAGCAUUGCUAGUAAUGAUGGAGAUAUACGUGAUAUUUGUACAAAAUAUGAUCUUCACAAASAACUUGAUGAUGUGAGAAAAUAUAUUGAACCCCAACAAUAUCCUGUUGUUUUUUGCCACAAUGAUCUACAGGAAGGCAACAUUCUUGUUAUUCCACAACAAGCAGACAAUGCAGGACAGGAACAGUAUGAUUUCCAGUUUAUUGACUUUGAAUACAGUGCUUAUAACUACAGAGGAUAUGACAUUGCCAACCAUUUCUGUGAAUGGAUAUUUGAUUAUACCAAGAAAGAGCCUCCAUAUUUUACGGCAAGUGCUCAAGAUUUUCCAUCUAAAAGUGAACAAUUAAUCUUUAUCAAAGAGUAUCUUGGUAAGUCAAAGAAUUGCCACAUCAGCAUUGAUGAGGAAGCKAUCUUAGAAGAAGUUAAAAGAUUUACUAUGUUAUCUAACCUGUCAUGGGGGAUGUGGAGUAUUGUUCAGACUAAAAUGUCAACAAUUCAAUUUGGGUAUUUGGAGUAUGCAUUAGCAAGACUCGAGUUAUAUUUUGAACAGAAAAAAAUUCUAGGUUUAUGAAGAUAUGCCCACUAAAUUCGAAUAUAUAUUUUGAGGUGCAAAUAAGGAAUUGUGAUGUCAUUAGUAUUCAAARUGAGCGUAAAAGCACAAGUGAUGUAAUGAUUUUUAAAAAUAACACAACACUUUUAAAUUUCAAAGACAUGUUUCGACUUUC